UUUCUAAUGGCAUUGACUAUUGUUGUCGGCUCAAUCGCGUGUGUUUCUCCGGUAGAAUUUUAAACGUUCCGGUUUAGCAAGAGAUAUGCAGGAUCCAAGCAUUCCAGUAAACAAGAAAGGGGUUUUAACUUCUUUCCUCACCGGCCAGCCCAUGCCGAUUCCGGAAAAAGAUAAUCUGGGCAAAUGCAGAUCUGUCUCGGAGUUUGAGAAGCUAAACCGCAUUGGUGAAGGAACCUAUGGCAUUGUCUAUAGAGCACGCGACACCCGAAAUUCAGAAGUUGUCGCGCUGAAAAAGAUGCGCAUGGAACGUGAAAAAGAUGGACUGCCACUGAGCGCCAUCCGUGAGAUUACGUUAUUGUUGAAUUGCCAACACGAUAACAUUGUGGCCAUCAAAGAGGUCGUGGUCGGUAGGAGUCUCGAAAGUGUUUUUCUAGUAAUGGAGUACUGCGAGCAAGAUUUGGCUUCAAUACUUGACAAUAUGCCAAACCCAUUUACAGAAGCUCAAGUCAAAUGCAUUGCUCUCCAAGUAUUCCAAGGACUUGCCUAUCUUCAUAAACACUAUUACAUUCAUCGCGAUUUGAAAGUGUCUAAUCUUUUAAUGACCGACAGGGGAUGCGUCAAAAUUGCCGAUUUUGGACUGGCACGUCGAUUUGGUGAACCUAUUAAACCGAUGACUCCUCGUGUUGUAACGUUGUGGUAUCGAGCCCCCGAAUUGCUCCUCAACUCCCCUACCCACACAACAGCAAUUGAUAUUUGGGCAGCUGGCUGCAUUCUCGGAGAACUAUUGCUGCACAAGCCUCUUUUACCCGGCCGUACUGAAGUCCAGCAAUUGGAUAUGAUAAUUGAUCUCUUGGGUACUCCUCAUUCCGCCAUUUGGCCUCAGAUGGACCAACUGCCUGCUCUGCAAAAUUUUACACUCAAAUCACAACCAUACAACAAUCUCAAGCAUAAAUUCCCUUACUUAAGUGCCGCUGGUCUCCGGUUGCUCAAUUUCCUAUUCAUGUACGACCCAGCUAAGCGAGCAACUGCUGAAGAAUGUCUACAAAGCUCUUACUUUAGAGAACAACCCCUCCCAUGCGAUCCCAAGCUUAUGCCAUCAUUUCCGCAGCAUAGAAAUAUGAAAUCUAGCCGUAGAGAAAUGAAUCAGGAACAACGGCAACAGGAAAAUCAAUCGAACGACGGUCUGUCAGACUUGCUACAACUGCCGAAGCGUGGUCGGGUCGAUUAAAAUCAAUGGCGAAACAAAAGAAGUUUGGAAUUUGUCGUUGUUUGUCCUUUUUUUUUAAUUAUUAUUUUAGUUUUUUUUCUUUUUUACUGAACUACACGCAUUUCACGGUGCAUUACAAAAACUCGCGAUC